CGACGACUGGGACGUUAUGUGUGCUCGGAGGCUGAGAAUGGGAUAGAAAGAAAAAGGGAGGGAGAGUCAGAGACAUCAAAACAAGCCGCGGCAAAAGGCGAACUUCAAUGGUGGAGGAAGCGCGAGGAACCGCUAGUUGGUUUCGCCUUCUGCCUCGGGGUAGCCAAGUUCAUUCUUUAGCCGCUGCACUUUGUGGAACUGAUUCUACUUUUUAAAAGCUGUGAAAAAGAGACUGUGGCCUAUAUAGUAUUCACUAGUUUUGAAGAACAGUGGUGACUGAAAAUGCCUCCUCCUUCAAAUAUUGUGAAAGUAGCUAUAGAGUGGCCUGGUGCCUUUCCGAAAUUGAUGGAAAUUGAUCAAAAAAAGCCAUUGACUGCAAUCAUAAAAGAAGUCUGUGAUGGGUGGUCUCUUGUAAACCAUGAACAUUAUGCAUUGCAACAUGCUGAUAGUUCCAAUUUUUAUAUUACUGAAAAGAAUCGCAAUGAAAUUAAAAAUGGAGCAAUACUUCGACUAACAACAUCACCAACCCAAAAUGCUCUUCAGCUCCAUGAGAGGAUUCAGUCUUCUAGUAUGGAUGCCAAAUUGGAAGCACUGAAAGAUUUAGCCAGUUACUCACGCGAUGUAACAUUUGCCCAAGAAUUUAUCAACCUAGAUGGGAUUUCACUCCUAACACAGAUGGUUGAAAGUGGCACUGAACGAUAUCAGAAAUUGCAGAAGAUAAUGAAGCCCUGCUUUGGAGAUAUGUUAUCCUAUACAUUGACAGCAUUUGUUGAGCUGAUGGAUCAUGGAAUUGUAUCUUGGGAUACUUUCUCUGUGGCUUUCAUAAAAAAGAUUGCAAGUUACGUGAGCAAGUUCCAAAAUGAUAGUGCUAUACUACAAAGAUCAUUAGCCAUUUUAGAAUCAAUGGUGCUGAAUGGUCAUGAUCUGUAUCAGAAAGUGGCACAAGAGAUAACAAUUGGGCAAUUAAUUCCACACCUACAAGGGGCUGAUCAGGAAAUUCAAACAUACACCAUUGCUGUGAUAAAUGCACUUUUCUUUAAAGCACCUGAUGACCGGAGGCAGGAAAUGGCAAAUAUUUUAGCACAGAAACAACUUAGGGGAAUCAUUUUACAACAUGUUAUCAGAGCUCAAAGGCCCAUUAAUAAUGAAAUGGCACAUCAACUUUAUGUUCUGCAAGUGCUCACCUUUAACUUAUUGGAAGAUAGAAUGAUGACAAAAAUGGACCCUCAAGAUCAGGCCCAGAGGGAUAUCAUAUUUGAACUCCGAAGAAUUGCUUUUGAUGUAGAAUCUGAACCCAACAGCAGUAGUGGUAAUGUUGAGAAGCGUAAAUCCAUGUACACCCGUGAUUACAAAAAACUUGGGUUUAUAAAUCAUGUGAACCCAGCAAUGGAUUUUACUCAGACUCCCCCAGGAAUGCUAGCCCUGGACAACAUGCUGUACUUCGCCAAACACCAGCAGGAUGCUUAUAUCCGGAUUGUAUUGGAAAAUAGCAGCCGAGAAGAUAAGCAUGAAUGUCCAUUUGGUCGGAGUAGCAUUGAAUUAACAAAGAUGCUAUGUGAUAUCUUGAAAGUAGGAGAAUUACCCAGUGAGACCGGCAGUGACUUCCACCCAAUGUUCUUCACGCAUGACAGGUCAUUUGAAGAGUUCUUCUGUAUUUGCAUCCAGUUGUUGAACAAGACAUGGAAGGAGAUGAGAGCAACUUCUGAAGACUUCAAUAAGGUCAUGCAAGUGGUGAGGGAGCAGAUAAUGAGAGCACUGACCACAAAGCCUAGUUCUCUGGAUCAGUUCAAAAGUAAACUUCAGAAUCUGAGCUACACAGAAAUACUGAAAAUCCGUCAGUCUGAGAGGAUGAACCAGGAAGAUUUCCAAUCUCGUCCAAUUUUGGAGCUAAAAGAGAAGAUUCAGCCUGAAAUUUUAGAGUUGAUAAAGCAGCAGCGUCUUAAUCGUCUUGUUGAAGGAACCUGCUUUCGGAAGCUUAACAGUCGACGGCGGCAAGACAAAUUUUGGUACUGCCGACUCUCACCGAAUCAUAAAGUUUUGCAUUAUGGAGAUUUGGAAGAGAGUCCUCAAGGAGAAGUUCCACAUGAUUCAUUACAGGAUAAGUUGCCUGUGGCAGAUAUAAAAGCGAUUGUUACAGGGAAAGACUGUCCUCACAUGAAGGAGAAGGGAGCCCUUAAACAAAACAAGGAGGUGCUUGAACUUGCUUUCUCUAUACUAUUUGAUUCAAAUGGACAGCUAAAUUUCAUUGCUCCUGACAAGCAUGAGUACUGUGUAUGGACAGAUGGUCUCAAUGCCCUGCUCGGAAAAGAUAUGAUGAGUGAACUGACACAUAACGACUUGGAUACUCUGCUCAGUAUGGAGAUAAAGCUGCGCCUCCUGGAUCUGGAGAACAUACAGAUCCCUGAUGCUCCGCCACCUAUUCCAAAAGAGCCAAGCAAUUAUGAUUUUGUAUAUGACUGCAACUAAAGCAAUUGUCACUCCUCAGAUUUACAACUAAUAACUGGAAAGUUUUUUUUUUUAAAGAAAAAAGAGAAAGAACAGAAAGAGAACAAGUGAUACACAUUGGACUUAUUGUUAUGGUGGGACUGUAAAACAGUUACUUCUCCCUUUGCUUUCUGCCUCUCGUUCUUAUCCAUUGCUAGUGAAAAACACCACUUCCAUUAACAUUUUACUAUUGGGCAAGAUCAAAUGAAUAUUCCAACUUAAAAGAUGUCAUCAAAGGAACUUACCUAUUUUUUAAAUGCUGGAGCACAGUUCCAAAUAAGAGGACAGUAUGACCUAAUAGCACAAUCACCAAACCAGAUCCAGCAUUGCAGGUGCUUUAACAAGAGGAAAUGAAGUAGGGGAGAGAGAGAGCUACGGUGAAUGAGGUAGUGCGAGCUGUCUCCCACCCAGUCACUUCAGAUUUUGAGUCAACAGGAGAUCUCAGUAAGAAUGAAGAUGGUUAAUCACUUGCAGCUUCUACACUGUUGUAGUUGUGAUCCACCACCAUCCUCUUCAUUAACACCAGCAUCUUAAGUCAGGAGACUGUUUUUUUAAUAAUGCCACAGCUCAUUAUGUAAUCCCUUAAUACCCACAACUUAGUAUCUCAUCUGAAAUGUCCAGACUUUUAACAAAGCCACUUGCUCUUUAUGUCCUGUUGUAUACUUAUAUAUCACUAACUGAAAGCAGUGGGCAUUUUUUAGUCCAGGCUACGGUUGAUUAUUUCGUUUGCAAAGUGGCAGAUGCCAUCGAUACCGAAAAUGCUGUAUGUUCAGGAUUAUGUUAUAGAAAUGUGCAGGGUAUUAUAAAUUUGCAAGGGACUUGGAUUUGUAUAAAACAUUUGAACAAUACUUGCCAAAUAUAUAUUUAAUUGAAAACAAAAUUAUAUUGUGUGUACUUUAUUAAAAAAAUUACCUGUUUUGAAUUCUAUAUUCUACUUGGAACAUUCUCCUUGGAGAGAAUAUACACCAACAUUCCCAUCAACAUGGCUAUUGAAUAAAAUGGAACUUGUGUUUA